AUGGCGCUCGCCGCGCGCCGCGCGCCGCCGCGCGCGCUGGUCGCGCCUCGCGCGCGCGCGCGCCUCGCGCGCGCGAGCGUCCGCGCCUCGCGCGCGCCCGCGGUCGACGACGACGCGCGGUUCGGGCGGCGUCGCGACGCGCUCGCGCUCGGUGACGUCGUGGAGGUGCGUCUCGUGCGUCGACCGGGCGCGAGCGCGGGCGACGCGGCGACGGCGGUGGGAGAGAUUUCAGAUUUCGUGACGAACUCGAGCUUUCACGCGGACGGGAUCAAGGUGCGGCUGAAGAGCGGGGAGAUUGGGCGGGUGACGCGCGCGCGCUGGGACGACGAAGACGACGAAGACGAAGUCCACGAGGACGAGGACGAGUACGAGGACGAGGACGAAGACGAGGACGAGGACGCGCGUCAAACGUCAUCGAGCGCGGCGACGACGUCGAACGGUGGUGAACGCGCGGGUGAGGCGCUUCGGACGGCGUACGUGUCCGGCGUCUCAAAGUCGUCGUCGGCGGCGGACGUCAAAGCGUUGGCUUCGGGAUUACCGGGCGUCAAGAACGUGCGCGUGCCCGUGCGAGGAGGGUCGCACAUGGGGUACAUGUUCAUCGAGUGCGCGGACGGCGAUGGCAUGCGAGGCGUGAUCGAGGCUCUGCACGGACGGGAAUUCCACGGCAAGGCGCUGGUCGCCGAGCGCGCGAAGGAGGAUCCGAAACCGAAAAAGAAAAAGCCCAAGACCGAUGCAGCGAGCGCGAAACUGAAAACGAAGAAGACAAAAACGCGCGCUGAGCUCGAGGCCGAAGCCGCGGCGCGCCGCAUCCUCGACGCUCGCGCGCAAAUGGAAGCCGACGCGCUCCUGGAACUCGAGCGCGCCAAACGCCGGCGAGAGCGCGAGCUCGAGGUCCGCGAGCGCGAGCUCGAGGUUCAGCGCGCGCUCGAUCUCGACCGCGAACGUCGCGCAAGAAACCUUCUCGAGCGGCGCGCCGCCGCCGCUCAGGCUCGCGCCGAGCGCGCUCGAGCCGCCGCCGACGCUCGCGAAUCCGCGCUCUCCGCCGCGCGCGCGCUCGGCGACGUCCGCAUCGAUCCGUCCUGGCGUCCUCGCGCCGACGCUCUUCGCGAAACUCUCGCCCGUUUACGCGUCGACGCCGACGAUGGUCGACCCUCGCGCUCUUAG